GUGACACGGAACUAUUUAAGCUCUCACGUAUCUGAAACAAUUUUUUUACAAAAUGUACACUCAGGCAAUAAUCAGCAGAAAAGUCAGUAUAAAUAUUUUUAUCAAUUUAACUAUUUAAAAAAGGGUUGGAGACAAUCGAUCAAGGCUCGGAUACGAAAAAUUGAUGCCAUGUGUUUACGUUUUUCACCUACAGUCUGGUCAAAAUAAUCAUAGGUAAGAUAGUGUCAGAAUGACUGUUCUCGUCAUUUUUUGUAGACAUGUCAAAGUUGAAAUCCUAAGACCACAUUGGCAGUUUAUCUAAUUCUUUUGCGAUUUCAAACAAAAAUGGAACUGUGUCGCUGUGAAGUGUAUCAUCGUGCUGUAGAACAUUUUAAAGGGCAUACGAUUGGAACUCUUAAACCCUUUUACGAACGGAGAGAAGGUCUAGAAAGUUAUAGCAUAAAAUGGGUGAACAACAAAGCGAAUCAUAACGAUAUGAGGCUAGAAAAACCCGUGUUACAGGGCACUGCGCCUCCUGAAGAAGAAGAGAUUGACAUCUGCAGAAGCAACUUGAAGCAUGAAAUGGAGAGACGUACAAAACCAGAGCCCGAGAUAGAACCUAAAUGGAUUCCGUUCCAUUACGAAAUAUCGUUAAGGUUAUGCAAUGAAAACAAGGCAAUAAAGUGUCCCUUCACGUGAAGACCGAUGCAAAAAACAACACGCCCGAAACGUAUUAUUAUGAAUCAUAAAAAUCUCGGACAAUGUUUGCGCCAAACAACUAAUAAAACGAACUCAAGCAAAAA